AUGUCGUGGACAGUCCUGAAGUUAAAGAAGUCGUUUAUGGCAAUUUUGAUAUUCCUUAUAGCAAUGUAUAUGUUCAAGAUGGCGUCACUUCUCAAAUCAACUAGAGCGGUCCCUGCUAAAUCUUCAAAAACAGAGAACAAGGACAUUGUUAAACCAGGGGAAAGAAAUUCCUACAUACCAAAGCCAACAAACCUUCAAACCAUAUGCAACAAGUCCAGUGUGGCGUUACGUACUAAGCUUACUAAGUAUAUGUUAAUAGACGAAACCCAUAAAUUGCUCUACUGCUUUGUGCCAAAGGUUGGCUGUACAGCUUGGAGAAAAAUAUUUGCAGUACUAUCAAAUGAAAAAAUUAGAAACGAAACAAAUGGCAAUCCUGAAAACAUCAGAGUAGAUCCUCAUUUUGGUUUGCAUUUCAAAUCUAUAAAGAGCUAUGAUAGGUCUCAGCAGGAUCGUAUUCUUAAAUCAUAUUACAAAUUCAUGUUCGUGAGGGAACCGUUUGAGAGAUUAGUAUCUGCCUAUAUUGAUAAAUUCUAUGUCCCCGAACCUCAUGGAUUCUGGAAGGUUUGGGGUAAAGGAAUCAUUAAUAAAUAUCGACACAAGGCAAGUGUGACGUCACGAGAAUGUGGGCAUGACGUAACGUUCGAUGAGUUUCUCGCACAUUCGUUUUCGACGAUUGAACAGCAGUACAUAAAUGCUGGAAACGGUCAUUGGGUGACCAUCCAACAGCUUUGCAACCCCUGUGACAUCAACUAUGACUACAUAGGACGCAUGGAAUCCAUGCAGCAAGACACAAAAGCGAUACUAGAAAAAGCGAAUGUCAGUCACUUAAUCAAUCAACAAAAACCAAGCGUUAGGAAAAUAAAAGAAAACCUCCACUUUAGUACAAGGGGAUUGCUACGAUCGGCCAGCUGCUUGAGCGUUAUAGAUGGCAUUAGACGCAUCAUCAAUUCACUUAUCUUCAAAGGAUUUUUACCAGACGAUUUUCCGACAUCAGAAUAUACAAAAGGCCUUCUUGUUACCAGCAUCAACGUCACUAAUAUCAAAAGAAAAAAUGAUCAUAUGGUAAAAGAAUUUAUUUCUAAAUUAGAAAAUAUCCUACCAGCUGUGUGGGAAAACAAACUCAAAUUUCAAACUCCAGCGGUAGAAUCUCGAAGAGAGCAUUGCCUUACAAGGCUGCAAAAAUCAAAUAUUAUGAAUCAUAUAAGUCCCCAAAAGAUUAAACAAUUUUUGGAAUAUUUUUCUUUUGAUUUCGAAGCGUUUGGAUACGACUCGUCUUUCUAUUCGGACUACAUUUUGAAGGAGCACGAGGAGUGA